AUGAGUGGCAGCUUCAUCAUAGACUGUAUGGUCGCCUCUGCCACUCUGAACUCCCCGUACGCAACACGCGAGGAGCAGGACUUCCACCAGUGUGUGCGCGUCUGUACCCUCAUCCCCGCGCCUCGGUGCGAUCUCACGACGACCGAAGCGCACGCCUCCUGCCCACCGCGUCUCCUUCCCCUGCGCCCGGAGAACAUGCACCAGCAGCAGCAGCAGCAGCAGCAGCACCAGCGCAUGGCAGCUUUCGGAACGGACAAGGAACUCAGCGAUUUACUGGAUUUCAGUGCGAUGUUUUCUCCUCCUGUCGGGACUAAGAAAGCAGCAGGCGUCCUGAGCAACACACAUUACUCCUCAGCACUGUCCCCAAAGCAGGUGCACAGGAGCCAUGUGAAGCCUGUGAUGUGA